AUGAAGGCAGUACUUCCCUUGUGUCGACCUUGACAUGUGCACGCCCCAUGGGUCCCUAUCACAUCCAUAUCCCCAGCCAGCAAUUUCCUGACAGAGCAGUACGCACGAGAGUAUGGGACUGGUGUAGCGGGGGUUGUGUGGGGUGCAAGCGGGGGAACAGCGGCUGGCUGCUGUAAGCAAUGUGGUUUCCGCGCAUCCACGCGUGGGCGCUGAAGCACAAGAAGCCGUGGCAGAACCGUGUGGACUGGAAGGCGGCGGUGAAGGAGCAGAAGGAGCAGGAGGAGAAGGACAAGAAGAUGAACAAGAAGAAGGACAAGGGGCAGCAAGAGGAGGAGGAGGACUAGGCGCCCACCACCGUCGCGUGGGAGUGUUGAUGAGGGGGCGCCUGUGGGUGCGGGUGCGUGCAGGUGUUUGGCGCUGCGCCUGCGGGUGCUGGGGGCGCCUUGUAAGAUUCGAGCAGGGACUCGACAUCCUGUGCCCUGUGCCUUUGGGUCUGGGAGAGUCAGCUGGGCAGAAAGGAGCGGGGCAGAAGGGAGCGCGAUGACUGCGCGUGAUCCUCAGUGAAGUAACUGCGAAGCCAUUCUGCGACUUUUGCCUUUCAAACGCUUUGUGGGAUUUGUGGGCCGGGAUUGUAAGAUUGUAGCCAU